UAUUUUCUAUUCAACAGGAAAUAUUAACUCUAGUCUUUGUAGAUUUCAUGUCCGUCAUCCGAAAUCUCCCUAACAAUGAAAAUGUGUGGCAUGAGAGCACACUGGCUGGAGACGUGGUUUUCUUUUUGUCUGCCAUUGCUGAUCGUUCAUCAUCCUGAAGAAAUCGCCGCUCAGAUACGAUAUUCCGUUCAGGAGGAAGUAAAAGCGGGCACUGCGGUUGGAAACCUGGCCAAGGACCUCGGACUGGAUGUCGGGAGGCUGCCGGACAGAAAUCUCCGUGUGGUGUCGGGAACAAAGCAGGGCCAGUUUCAGGUAAAUCCGAAGGAUGGCGUUCUGUCCGUCCGGCAGAGAUUAGACCGAGAGGACCUGUGCAGGAACACCGUGCCGUGCAUCACCAACCUCAAAGUGGUUGUGGAAAACCCUCUGGAGAUGCAUCAAGUCCUGGUGGAGGUACUCGAUGUGAAUGAUAACCCCCCCAGAUUCCUUGACGAGAACUGCACUAUGGAAGUGUUCGAAUCUGCAAUUGUUGGAUACAAACUCCAGCUGGAAGGCGCCCAGGAUUUAGAUGUCGGUUUGAAUUCUGUACAAACAUAUAGGCUGAACCACAACCCUUUUUUUCACCUGGAAACGGAAGAUUUCGGCGAGGACGGGAAGGUGCCGGUCCUUGUCUUACAGCGACCUUUGGAUAGAGAAAACACGGCGCAACAUCACUUGAUAUUAACAGCUGCGGAUGGGGGUAAACCACCAAAAACAGGUACUAUAAAUAUCACUGUUAUUAUAUCUGAUGUAAAUGAUAACCCGCCAGUCUGCGACAAACAGAAAUAUUCCAUUAGUGUGAGAGAGAAUGCACCUUUAGGGACAUAUUUGCUGACAGUGAAUGCAUCGGACAGAGACGAGGGGCUGAACGGAGAGAUUGAAUAUUCAUUACGGAGCAAACUAAGAGGACUCUUAACAGUACCGUUUGACUUGAACAAAAGAACCGGCGAACUGAAAGUUAAAGGAGGGUUAGAUUUUGAGGAACGACAAGUCUACGAGAUGAAGGUCCUCGCAGCUGACAAAGGCGCGGUGUCACUUUCCACGCAAUGCAACGUGGUGGUCCGCGUCCAGGACGUGAACGACAACCGACCAGAAAUAGACAUCACAUCGCUGUCUAGUCGCAUACCAGAGGACGCCCCUCUUGGUACAGUGGUGGCGCUAGUGGGGGUCAGUGAUCUGGACUCAGGUGUGAACGGACAGGUGGUCUGCAGUGUGCCGGAGGACUUGCCGUUUGACCUCAAGUCAUCCCCUGAUGGACAAUCAUAUUCUCUUGUCACUAAGGAUUAUUUGGAUAAGGAAAAGAUGCACCUGUAUGAUAUUACAAUAACUGCCAAGGAUUUAGGGACGCCAUCUAUGUCAUCGAUCAAGGUGGUUCAUGUAGACGUACUAGACGUGAAUGACAAUAGUCCUUUAUUCACUGAAAGUCCGUAUACUUUUUAUGUGCUGGAAAAUAACAAAGCAGGAAAGUCUUUGUUUUCUGUGACUGCCAAAGACGCUGAUGGGGAAGAAAAUGCAGCCGUGACUUACUCACUCCGACAAAAAAGUACAUCCGUGACGACAUUUCUAAAUAUAAACGAGGUCACUGGGAUCAUUUCAGCGCUAAAAAGUUUCGACUUUGAGACGCUGAAAAGUUUCCAGUUCCAAGUCGCGGCCACGGACGGUGGAAGUCCUCCACUGAGCAGCAACGUGACAGUGAAUGUGUUCAUUCUGGAUCAGAACGACAACGCUCCAGUCAUCCUGUAUCCAGUCAGCUCCAACGGUUCUGCUGAAGGUGUGGAGGAGAUUCCCCGCGAUAUGAAAGCAGGAGACUUGGUGACUAAAGUCCGAGCCUAUGAUGCUGAUAUAGGAUAUAACGGCUGGUUACUGUUUUCACUGCAGCAAGUCACUGCCCACAGUCUCUUUACUUUGGACCGCUAUACGGGCCAGAUCAGAACACUUCGCUCCUUCACAGAGACGGACGAGGCUGAGCAUGGACUGCUCAUACUGGUCAAAGACAACGGCAACGUUUCCCUGUCAGCAACAGCUACUGUGACUGUCAAACUUGUGGAGCCCAAAGAGGCUUUUGCAGCUUCUGAUGUCAAACGUGCAGCAGCAAAAGUGGAGGAGGAGGACCACAAUGUGACUUUUUACCUCAUCAUCACUUUGGGCUCGGUGUCGCUGCUUUUUGUCAUCAGCAUCAUCGUGCUGAUCGCCAUGCAGUGCUCCAAAUCCACAGAGUACACUUCCAAAUAUCUCCAAGACGCUAAUUAUGAUGGGACACUGUGUCACAGCAUCCAGUACAGAUCAGGAGACAAACGCUACAUGCUAGUUGGACCCAGAAUGAGUAUAGGUUCUACUAUAGUCCCGGGCAGCCACGCCAACACUCUGGUGCUCCCUGACAGGAGACACACUUCUUCUGGGGAGGUAAGACUUCAUGUUUUUGUUUAAAUCAUGCAUGUCUAAAUAAGUGUGUGCCUUUUAUUUUGUGACUACAACCACAAGCUUAACCAGAACAAUGGGGCUCUUUACGUGAAGAAACAGAUAGACAGAGAGGAACUCUGUGAAGGGGCUAAAGUGUGUUUGAUAAACCUGAAAAUAGUUGUUGAAAAUCCCCUGGAAAUCCAUUACGUUGCCGUGGAGAUCACGGACGUCAAUGAUCACCCAUCAAGCUUCCCAGAAGACAAGCAGAGGCUGGAAAUAUCAGAACAUAUCCCACCAGGUACCCGUUUUCAAAUCCAUUCUGCUCGAGACCCUGAUGUUGGUGCAAACUCUGUACAAUUUUAUAAACUGAGCGCAGUGGAUCUUUUUGACAUUGAAGUGAGGAACAAUGAAGAGGACAAGAUACCGUUUUUAGUCUUGAAAAAACCUUUGGACAGGGAGCAGAAAGCGGAGCACAAUUUAAUCUUAACUGCACUGGACGGAGGCAGUCCUCCCAAAUCUGGUAGUCUUAAUUUAAGCAUCAUUGUGGUUGAUGCCAAUGACAACGGGCCUGUGUUUAGUCAAGAUGUUUACAGUGUCGCACUUGAAGAAAAUGUUCCUAUUGGGACUCUCGUAGUGGGAAUAAACGCCACAGAUAUAGACGAAGGGUCCAACAGUGAAAUAGUAUAUUCACUUGGGAAAACACAAAAGAAGAAAGUGCACGACCGAUUUGAAUUAGACAGCAUUACUGGUGAGAUCAGAGUGAAGGGAGUGAUCGACUUUGAGGAUACUGAGAUCUACAGGUUAGACGUACAAGCGUCAGAUAAAGGCCAACCACCCUGGACAUCUGAAGGUAGAGUUGUGAUAAAAAUAAAGGAUGUGAAUGACAACAAGCCAGAGAUGGAAGUGACGUCACUGCGUAACGUCGUCCCCGAAAAUUCAAAGCCUGGCACUGUCAUCUCUCUUAUUAGCAUCACAGACAGAGACUCUGGAGUGAACGGGAAAGUUACUUGUCGUAUUGUCGGAGACGUUCCAUUUGAUUUAACUCCGUCAAUCGAGGAGAAUAUGUACUCUCUUGUCACUAAGGAUUUUUUGGACAGGGAGAGCGUGACUAACUAUGACAUCAAAAUCACAGCCAGUGACUGCGGCCGACCGUCACUCACUACUAUGAUCAUAUUAAAUGUUCAAGUAUCAGAUAUGAAUGAUAACAGACCGACAUUCAGCCACAGUCCGUAUGAACUGUACUUAAUAGAAAACAACACUCCAGGUGCAACAAUAUUAUGUGUGAGUGCGGGUGAUAGUGAUCUAGAUGAAAAUGCAGCAGUUACUUACCACAUCGUGCGAGGGGAUGGACAGCCAGGUGACAUCACGUCAUUACUCAACAUUCAUUCUGAAAAUGGACAAAUAUUCGCGUUAAAAAGUUUUGACUUUGAGACGCUGAAAAGUUUCCAGUUCCAAGUGGUGGCCACGGACGGGGGAAGUCCUCCACUGAGCAGCAACGUGACAGUGAAGGUGUUCAUUCUGGAUCAGAACGACAACGCUCCAGUCAUCCUGUAUCCAGUCAGCUCCAACGGUUCUGCUGAAGGUGUGGAGGAGAUUCCCCGCAAUAUGAAAGCAGGAGACUUGGUGACUAAAGUCCGAGCCUAUGAUGCUGAUAUAGGAUAUAACGGCUGGUUACUGUUUUCACUGCAGCAAGUCACUGCCCACAGUCUCUUUACUUUGGACCGCUAUACGGGCCAGAUCAGAACACUUCGCUCCUUCACAGAGACGGACGAGGCUGAGCAUGGACUGCUCAUACUGGUCAAAGACAACGGCAACGUUUCCCUGUCAGCAACAGCUACUGUGACUGUCAAACUUGUGGAGCCCAAAGAGGCUUUUGCAGCUUCUGAUGUCAAACGUGCAGCAGCAAAAGUGGAGGAGGAGGACCACAAUGUGACUUUUUACCUCAUCAUCACUUUGGGCUCGGUCUCGCUGCUUUUUGUCAUCAGCAUCAUCGUGCUGAUCGCCAUGCAGUGCUCCAAAUCCACAGAGUACACUUCCAAAUAUCUCCAAGACGCUAAUUAUGAUGGGACACUGUGUCACAGCAUCCAGUACAGAUCAGGAGACAAACGCUACAUGCUAGUUGGACCCAGAAUGAGUAUAGGUUCUACUAUAGUCCCGGGCAGCCACGCCAACACUCUGGUGCUCCCUGACAGGAGACACACUUCUUCUGGGGAGUCUAAUUGGUCUGAAAAUGUGUGUUUUCAAGAGAUAUCAUGUGUCCACAUCUUGCUGAUCGCUGCGAUGGGGGUCUGUGUUCUUUUUCAUUUUGCUCUGCUUCUGCUGCUGGCCAUUCAGGCUUUUGGAGAAAUUCGCUACUCUAUUCCAGAGGAGGUAAAACACGGCACUAUUGUUGGGAACGUUGCCAAGGACCUGGGCCUUGAUGUCAGCUCUCUUGUGGAUCGACGGUUCCGAGUGGUUUCAGAAUCCAAAGAGGCCUUCUUUGAGGUAAACCAGCACAAUGGGGCUUUGCAUGUGAACAAGAGAAUAGACAGAGAUGAGUCCUGUCGGGGCAGCGGCGCCUGCCUUGUUGAGCUCAAAGUCAUCGUGGAAAACCCUUUGGAAAUACAUUAUGUAGUUGUAGAAAUCACCGACGUCAACGACCACUCUCCUACUUUUAUUGAAAAAGAGCAAACGUUUGAAAUAGCAGAGAACACACUGCCGGGGAUGAGAUUCCAGCUGCAUGCAGCACACGAUCCUGACGCAGGGAUGAACUCCAUACACGCAUACACUCUGACAGCAAAUGAACAUUUUGAAAUAGAUCUACGCCAGAGCGAUGAAGAUAAAGUUCCCUUUUUGGUGCUAAAGAAAUCUCUGGACCGGGAACAAAAGGACAAACACUGGCUGCUGGUCACAGCGGUGGAUGGAGGUAAACCUCCACGAUCAGGCUCUCUAAAUGUGUCCAUUAUUGUCCUCGACAAUAAUGAUAAUCGACCAACAUUUAGUCAAGAAAUAUAUCAAAUUACUGUUGCAGAAAAUGUUCAAAUUGGCACUUCAAUAUUUAAAAUGAACGCAACAGAUCCAGAUGAAGGCACUAAUGGAGAAAUUGAUUAUAGCCUUGCAAAAACAUUAAAGAAAAAUGUGUAUGAUGUUUUUGAAUUACAUAAAUCAUCUGGAAUUAUUAGAGUUAAAGGAAUAAUUGACUAUGAAGAAAAUGAUAUUUAUAAACUUGACAUCAAGGCAUCAGAUAGAGACACACCUCCACUGACAGGUGAGUGUCAAGUCAUUAUAAAGAUAAGAGACAUUAAUGAUAAUCCACCAACAAUAGAAGUAACAUCAUUGUCUAAUAAAGUACCUGAAGACUCUAAGCCUGGUACAGUUAUUUCCCUCAUUAGUGUGAAGGAUGAAGACUCAGGUGUGAAUGGUAAAAUUAUUUCCACAAUCUUAAAUAAUGUCCCUUUUGAAUUAAAGCCUUCCUACAAGGAGAACAUAUAUUCAGUUGUCACUAAAGAAUAUUUAGACAGAGAGGAGGUGUCACAUUAUGAAAUCACGAUACAAGCAACUGACUGUGGUGAGCCUCCUUUAUCAACGUUUAAAACUCUCAGCAUUCAGAUAUCAGAUGUUAAUGAUAACAGUCCACACUUUGAAAAGAACCCGCUCGAGUUCUACUUGAUUGAGAAUAAUGUGGCUGGUAAUUCCAUUUUUUCUGUAAGUGCCACAGACAAAGAUCUGAAUGACAAUGCAGCUAUUUCUUAUCACAUUGUGAGAGAGGGCCGUCACAAUGACAUCAUGUCUCUCCUCAACAUUAAUUCUGAAAAUGGACAAAUAUCAGCACUAAAAAGUUUUGACUUUGAGAUGCUGAAAAGUUUCCAGUUCCAAGUCGUGGCCACAGACGGUGGAAGUCCUCCACUGAGCAGCAACGUGACAGUGAAGGUGUUCAUUCUGGAUCAGAACGACAACGCUCCAGUCAUCCUGUAUCCAGUCAGCUCCAACGGUUCUGCUGAAGGUGUGGAGGAGAUUCCCCGCAAUAUGAAAGCAGGAGACUUGGUGACUAAAGUCCGAGCCUAUGAUGCUGAUAUAGGAUAUAACAGCUGGUUACUGUUUUCACUGCAGCAAGUCACUGCCCACAGUCUCUUUACUUUGGACCGCUAUACGGGCCAGAUCAGAACACUUCGCUCCUUCACAGAGACGGACGAGGCUGAGCAUGGACUGCUCAUACUGGUCAAAGACAACGGCAACGUUUCCCUGUCAGCAACAGCUACUGUGACUGUCAAACUUGUGGAGCCCAAAGAGGCUUUUGCAGCUUCUGAUGUCAAACGUGCAGCAGCAAAAGUGGAGGAGGAGGACCACAAUGUGACUUUUUACCUCAUCAUCACUUUGGGCUCGGUCUCGCUGCUUUUUGUCAUCAGCAUCAUCGUGCUGAUCGCCAUGCAGUGCUCCAAAUCCACAGAGUACACUUCCAAAUAUCUCCAAGACGCUAAUUAUGAUGGGACACUGUGUCACAGCAUCCAGUACAGAUCAGGAGACAAACGCUACAUGCUAGUUGGACCCAGAAUGAGUAUAGGUUCUACUAUAGUCCCGGGCAGCCACGCCAACACUCUGGUGCUCCCUGACAGGAGACACACUUCUUCUGGGGAGGUAAGACGGACAUUUUCGAUGGGGGUCUGUGUUCUUUUUCAUUUUGCUCUGCUUCUGCUGCUGGCCAUUCAGGCUUUUGCAGAAAUUCGCUACUCGAUUCCUGAGGAGUUAAAACACGGCACUAUUGUUGGGAACGUUGCCAAGGACCUGGGCCUUGAUGUCAGCUCUCUUGUCGAUCGACGGUUCCGAGUGGUUUCAGAAUCCAAAGAGGCCUUCUUUGAGGUAAACCAGCACAAUGGGGCUUUGCAUGUGAACAAGAGAAUAGACAGAGAUGAGUCCUGUCGGGGCAGCGGCGCCUGCCUUGUUGAGCUCAAAGUCAUCGUGGAAAACCCUUUGGAAAUACAUUAUGUCGUUGUAGAAAUCACCGACGUCAACGACCACUCUCCUACUUUUAUUCAAAAAGAGCAAACGUUUGUAAUAGCAGAGCACACACUGCCGGGGAAGAGAUUCCAGCUGCAUGCAGCACAUGAUCCUGACGCAGGGAUGAACUCCAUACACGCAUACACUCUGACAGCAAAUGAACAUUUUGAAAUUGAUCUCCGCCAAAUCGAUGAAGACAAAGUUCCGUUUUUGGUGCUAAAGAAAUCUCUGGACCGGGAACAAAAGGACAAACACUGGCUGCUGGUCACAGCGGUGGAUGGAGGUAAACCUCCACGAUCAGGAUCUUUAAAUGUGUCCAUUAUUGUCCUCGACAUUAAUGAUAAUAUUCCAAUAUUUAGUCAAGAAAUAUAUCAAAUUAUAAUCGCUGAAAAUGUUCAAAUUGGCUCUUCAAUAUUUAAAAUGAACGCAACUGAUCCAGAUGAAGGCACUAAUGGAGAAAUUGAAUAUAGCCUUGCAAAAACAUUAAAGAACAAUGUGUAUACUGUUUUUGAAUUAGAUGAAUCAUCUGGAAUUAUUAAAGUAAAAGGAAUAAUUGACUAUGAAAAUAAUGAUAUUUACAAGCUUGACAUUGAGGCAUCAGAUAAAGGAAUACCUCCACUGACAGGUGAGUGUCGAGUUGUUAUAAAGAUAAGAGACAUUAAUGAUAAUCCACCAACAAUAGAAGUGACAUCAUUGUCUAAUAAAGUACCUGAAGACUCUAAGCCUGGUACAGUUAUUUCCCUCAUUAGUGUGAAGGAUGAAGACUCAGGUGUGAAUGGUAAAAUUAUUUCCACCAUCAUAAAUGAUGUCCCUUUUGAAUUAAAGCCUUCCUACAAGGAGAACAUAUAUUCAGUUGUCACUAAAGAAUAUUUAGACAGAGAGGAGGUGUCACAUUAUGAAAUCACGAUACAAGCAACUGACUGUGGUGAGCCUCCUUUAUCAACGUUUAAAACUAUCAGCAUUCAAAUAUCAGAUGUUAAUGAUAACAGUCCACACUUUGAAAAGAACCCGCUCGAGUUCUACUUGAUUGAGAAUAAUGUGGCUGGUAAUUCCAUUUUUUCUGUAAGUGCCACAGACAAAGAUCUGAAUGACAAUGCAGCUAUUUCUUAUCACAUUGUGAGAGAGGGCCGUCACAAUGACAUCAUGUCUUUCCUCAACAUUAACUCUGAAAAUGGACAAAUCUCAGCUCUAAAAAGUUUUGAUUUUGAGACGCUGAAAAGUUUCCAGUUCCAAGUGGUGGCCACGGACGGUGGAAGUCCUCCACUGAGCAGCAACGUGACAGUGAAGGUGUUCAUUCUGGAUCAGAACGACAACGCUCCAGUCAUCCUGUAUCCAGUCAGCUCCAACGGUUCUGCUGAAGGUGUGGAGGAGAUUCCCCGCAAUAUGAAAGCAGGAGACUUGGUGACUAAAGUCCGAGCCUAUGAUGCUGAUAUAGGAUAUAACGGCUGGUUACUGUUUUCACUGCAGCAAGUCACUGCCCACAGUCUCUUUACUUUGGACCGCUAUACGGGCCAGAUCAGAACACUUCGCUCCUUCACAGAGACGGACGAGGCUGAGCAUGGACUGCUCAUACUGGUCAAAGACAACGGCAACGUUUCCCUGUCAGCAACAGCUACUGUGACUGUCAAACUUGUGGAGCCCAAAGAGGCUUUUGCAGCUUCUGAUGUCAAACGUGCAGCAGCAAAAGUGGAGGAGGAGGACCACAAUGUGACUUUUUACCUCAUCAUCACUUUGGGCUCGGUCUCGCUGCUUUUUGUCAUCAGCAUCAUCGUGCUGAUCGCCAUGCAGUGCUCCAAAUCCACAGAGUACACUUCCAAAUAUCUCCAAGACGCUAAUUAUGAUGGGACACUGUGUCACAGCAUCCAGUACAGAUCAGGAGACAAACGCUACAUGCUAGUUGGACCCAGAAUGAGUAUAGGUUCUACUAUAGUCCCGGGCAGCCACGCCAACACUCUGGUGCUCCCUGACAGGAGACACACUUCUUCUGGGGAGGUAAGAACAUUAUUUAUUUACAAUACGAUGGGGGUCUGUGUUCUUUUUCAUUUUGCUCUGCUUCUGCUGCUGGCCAUUCAGGCUUUUGCAGAAAUUCGCUACUCGAUUCCAGAGGAGGUAAAACACGGCACUAUUGUUGGGAACGUUGCCAAGGACCUGGGCCUUGAUGUCAGCUCUCUUGUCGAUCGACGGUUCCGAGUGGUUUCAGAAUCCAAGGAGGCCUUCUUUGAGGUAAACCAGCACAAUGGGGCUUUGCAUGUGAACAAGAGAAUAGACAGAGAUGAGUCCUGUCGGGGCAGCGGCGCCUGCCUUGUUGAGCUCAAAGUCAUUGUGGAAAACCCUUUGGAAAUACAUUAUGUAGUUGUAGAAAUCACCGACGUCAACGACCACUCUCCUACUUUUAUUGAAAAAGAGCAAACGUUUAAAAUCGCAGAGCACACGCUGCCGGGGAUGAGAUUCCAGCUGCAUGCAGCACAUGAUCCUGACGCAGGGAUGAACUCCAUACACGCAUACACUCUGACAGCAAAUGAACAUUUUGAAAUUGAUCUACGCCAAAGCGAAGAAGAUAAAGUUCCGUUUUUGGUCCUGAAGAAAUCUCUGGACCGGGAACAAAAGGACAAACACUGGCUGCUGGUCACAGCGGUGGAUGGAGGUAAACCUCCACGAUCAGGCUCUUUAAAUGUGUCCAUUAUUGUCCUCGACAUUAAUGACAAUAGACCCAUUUUUAGUCAAGAAAUAUAUCAAAUUAUUGUUGCAGAAAAUGUUCAAAUUGGCACUUCAAUAUUUAAAAUGAACGCGACGGAUCCAGAUGAAGGCACUAAUGGAGAAAUUGAAUAUAGCCUUGCAAAAACGUUAAAGAAAAAUGUGUAUAAUGUAUUUGAUUUAGAUACAUCAUCUGGAAUUAUUAGAGUUAAAGGAAUACUUGACUAUGAAAAUAGUAAUAUUUAUAAACUGGACAUUGAGGCAUUAGAUAAAGCAAUACCUCCACUGACAGGUGUUUGUGAAGUCAUUAUAAAGAUAAGAGACAUUAAUGAUAAUCCACCAACAAUAGAAGUAACAUCAUUGUCUAAUAAAGUACCUGAAGACUCUAAGCCUGGUACAGUUAUUUCCCUCAUUAGUGUGAAGGAUGAAGACUCAGGUGUGAAUGGUAAAAUAAUUUCCACCAUCACAAAUGAUGUCCCUUUUGAAUUAAAACCUUCCUACAAGGAGAACAUAUAUUCAGUUGUCACUAAAGAAUAUUUAGACAGAGAGGAGGUGUCACAUUAUGAAAUCACGAUACAAGCAACUGACUAUGGUGAGCCUCCUUUAUCAACGUUUAAAACUCUCAGCUUUCAGAUAUCAGAUGUUAAUGAUAACAGUCCACACUUUGAAAAGAACCCGCUCGAGUUCUACUUGAUUGAGAAUAAUGUGGCUGGUAAUUCCAUUUUUUCUGUAAGUGCCACAGACAAAGAUCUGAAUGACAAUGCAGCUAUUUCUUAUCACAUUGUGAGAGAGGGCCGUCACAAUGACAUCAUGUCUUUCCUGAAUAUUAAUUCUGAAAAUGGACAAAUAUCGGCUCUAAAAAGUUUUGACUUUGAGACGCUGAAAAGUUUCCAGUUCCAAGUGGUGGCCACGGACGGUGGAAGUCCUCCACUGAGCAGCAACGUGACAGUGAAGGUGUUCAUUCUGGAUCAGAACGACAACGCUCCAGUCAUCCUGUAUCCAGUCAGCUCCAACGGUUCUGCUGAAGGUGUGGAGGAGAUUCCCCGCAAUAUGAAAGCAGGAGACUUGGUGACUAAAGUCCGAGCCUAUGAUGCUGAUAUAGGAUAUAACGGCUGGUUACUGUUUUCACUGCAGCAAGUCACUGCCCACAGUCUCUUUACUUUGGACCGCUAUACGGGCCAGAUCAGAACACUUCGCUCCUUCACAGAGACGGACGAGGCUGAGCAUGGACUGCUCAUACUGGUCAAAGACAACGGCAACGUUUCCCUGUCAGCAACAGCUACUGUGACUGUCAAACUUGUGGAGCCCAAAGAGGCUUUUGCAGCUUCUGAUGUCAAACGUGCAGCAGCAAAAGUGGAGGAGGAGGACCACAAUGUGACUUUUUACCUCAUCAUCACUUUGGGCUCGGUCUCGCUGCUUUUUGUCAUCAGCAUCAUCGUGCUGAUCGCCAUGCAGUGCUCCAAAUCCACAGAGUACACUUCCAAAUAUCUCCAAGACGCUAAUUAUGAUGGGACACUGUGUCACAGCAUCCAGUACAGAUCAGGAGACAAACGCUACAUGCUAGUUGGACCCAGAAUGAGUAUAGGUUCUACUAUAGUCCCGGGCAGCCACGCCAACACUCUGGUGCUCCCUGACAGGAGACACACUUCUUCUGGGGAGUGUUACAUUAAAAACCAAGACCACACGCUGUCCCUCCCAUCUAAAUCCUUUGUUUGA